AUGGGAAGGAAGAAUCGAACAACGGUCAUCAUCAAGGACAGCUCGGUCUACAGCAACAAAGGUUUCAAAUCCCUCACACAGGCUCAGCUUUUGUCAGAUACCCUCUAUUACGGCCCGUCAAACGAUACACGCCCAUGGCUGAUCUACUAUAUCUCUCGCCCGUUAGUUGGAACAUAUGAUCCUGCUAAAGUCAUCCCAGCCGCAGUACCGGGGACGGUUUCUAGGAGCCUCGACCCUUCACCUUCAGAUAAAAAGGACAGGAACGAAGGGCCCAUUGCGGCUCCAAAUAAACAAGAGAUCAAAUCAUUUGGUGAAUUGCUGGCCAACUUUCCAAUGAUCGCAAAACAGAUGCAGCCAGGUCUGGAAAGGCUCUUCCGCGAGUUCGGCAAAGAACUCGGAAAGCCACUACCGCCGCCACCCUCUCGGUCGCCUUCUGCUUCUGGAAGUGAGUUUGAACACAGGCUAUCCCGCGCCGAAACCCUCGCGGAUGAGAGCUCCUCUGUUCGCAGUUGGUCAUCCCGCCGCAGCCGGCUGCCAUUCAAUUCUGAAGAAUACUUUGAGGACGACGAAGAUUUGAUGCGCAGGAGUCUAGAAACUGCGGUGACUGCUGCUAUUGAUCUAUUUCGACUAGUCGACAAACAACAGCUGUCUCUUCUGGGCGCGACAACUGAUCUCACCGGCCCCUUGGUCGAGCGACUGAUCGAGCGCUAUGUUGCGGAGCAAGUUCACGAGACUCUUGUGUUUCCACGUUUAUGCGCCUUCCGGAAGCCUGAGGAUGCAGAGCUGGACUCCCGAAUCCGUCACAUGGAGAGUCUCGACGUCACUCAAGUUGGUCUGACCGUCGAAGGCGGCCAUCGGGGAAAACGAGAAUUGAUUCGUCGACUGGGAAAAGGUGUGGAAGAGUUUCGCAAAAUGAAUGAUGCUCGCGGGCCCCAUGAUAUGCUCAAUGUUCUGUUGGAGACUGUAAAGGUAGUGUCUUUCCCUGGAAGCUAUGACAAUGUGGAUGGGCCAGCAUCUGAGAAGGCACAUCCUUCGAUUACGAUAAACGCAGACGUAUUGGUCUCGCUACUACUGGUGGUCGUAAUCCGAUCGCAAUUAAGACAUCUUCAGGCCCGCUUGCUCUACAUGCAGCAUUUUAUCUACAUCGAUGAUGUGGACAGUGGCGAGAUGGGCUAUGCUUUGAGCACAUUCGAGGCUGUCCUGAUGUAUCUAGUCACCGACUCUGCAGGCUUGCGUCGGGCCAGUGCGCGCAAUCGACGUCUUUGGCAAGCAACUAAAAGUGGCAGGAUCUCGGAUAUGAAAGGGAUAUUGGAGCCCAACGGCGAGCAUGAAUCCAUCGACGAGGCAAUUCCACCCGAACCGGAGCGCAAGUCAGUGCUGUUCCAGACUGAUAGCGCUGAUGAAGUCGAUGAGUCUCUUUUCGAAACUUCAUCCGUGUACAGCAAUCCAGCGGCCAUAAAUGGCGAGCCGGUACCCGACGACCCGAAUGCGCCAGACGAUCCCCCAUUAUCGCACGUAUUCCCCUUUCAAACAUGGCACAAGAAUAAUUCAUUCUCAAGAGAUAUCUAUCGUCCAGUCAAGAAAGUUUCAAUGGAUGUCCGCAGCCUCUCAGAGUCAUCGGCAAUCUCCUUUCACUCAAGAUCGACUACUAUCAAUUCGAUGGCUAGCGGGAUCGAAGGUGAUACUUCUAUCGAGACAUUGACAAAGACUCAGGACCCUGCGGGCGAUUCCAUACCUAUGAUGGCUGAUGGGACUACGCUUCUUAACGCAGCAGUUCAGCUUGGGCACGCAGAAAUCGUCCAUAUCCUGUUGGAUUUCCUAUUUAGCAGAACGGACGAGGGCAUUGUUGCCAAAUAUCUGACGAAGUCCGACGUUCAUGGUCGCACUGCAGCCCAUUACCUCUUCAGUACCCCGGCGCUUCUCAGAAGAGUCAGUGGCUUGCUUCCCUGGCGGCAGCGCGACAAGCAUGGACAAACACCUCUCUUCGCUUUAUGUCGGUCAUACGACCAUCCCGAGUACAAGGCGCUGGUUCAAUUGGCAUUGACUGCCGCUCAGAAAGCCCAGGGCAAUAUGAUGCCUCUACAACUCGAUGACCACGUCGAUGCGAAGGGCAACACCCUAUUGCAUAUUGUUGGCGACCCUGAAAUUACCACCCGCAUCCUGCAAGAAAGCGAUUGUGACCCGAAUGCCGCCAACGACAAGAGGUUCACACCGCUGAUGAUGGCAAGUAAAUAUGGUCGAAUUGACCAGGUUCGGAUCUUGUUUUCGGACCCGCGGGUUGAUGUUCACGUCAAAGAAGCUCGCGGCUUGACCGCCGUUGAACUGGCUAAAGAUGAUGAGGUUCGAAACCGUAUCGAUGAUCUGAUCCUGUUAUCCCAUCCAGCAUCGACCUAUGCAGACUCGUCUGGCCGUGUGACUACGGUAGUACGGUCUUUCUUUGUGGAAGAUGCAACCGUUCGAUUCAUCUUGAAAUCCGGUGCACCGCAAGCUCCUACCCAGUCGAUGGCUUCUGCGCGACCGGGAUCAGGAACUACUUACACCGUCACGACCUGCCGUAGGAGCUUCGUUGACUUCGAGAACCUGGCCAAGUGGCUGUCCGUCGAGCAUCCUGCUUCUUACGUGCCGUCUCUCUCGGAUUUCCGUAACCCGUUCCAGAUUCACUCGAAGCCAUCAAGGUCUGUUCUACAUGACCUUCAAGAAAAGCUAGAUCGCUUCUUGAAGACAUUGCUGAUGCACCCAACGUUCUCCACCCACGAGAUGCUAUGGGAGUUUUUCCUUGUGCCUGAGUUGCAGCCAGAGAUGAUGGCAGAUCGAUCUCGAAGCAAAGCAGCUGCCCUGAAGCAAUUCGUCUCCCAUGCACAGGACAUGGUCCGAGGUGUCCACGCCAGCACCCGUACCCUCAUACGACGAGGGCAUGCACUCCAAAACAGCGCCUCCGAUCUUGCAGACUCGGUCUCCCUCUGCGCCUCUGUUCUUUCUACCCUCAAGGAACCCACAAAUGUUCUUCCGCCCUCCCACAUAGACGCCUUCACCCGCUACGGAGCAUGCCUCUCAACCUCCCGCUCCGACUCCUCUCCCCUCCUGCAAUACAUCUCAGCCAUGACGGCCAUCGACAACACGACCUCUGCAGUUCUCCUCUCCCUCGCCCGCCCCCUAUCCCUCAUGUCCGAUCUGAACUCCAUCAGCCGUGCUGUCUCCCGCAACCGCUCAGCCCUCCUCUCCCAAUCCCUCCCCCGCAAAUUCAAUAUCAAUCUCCCCGGCUUCGAAGAGUCCCGCCAGAAAACCGUGCGAGACCUCGAGCGUAAGAUCAGUGACGGCGAGAUAGCCUCCAAUCGUGUCGCAAAGGAGGUCUCCUGGAACAAAGACGUUGUGGUGAGCGAACUCGCCGGCUGGACGACCUGGCGCGAGCGGGUCGGCCGCGAUGCCAUCCGCGCCUUCGUUAAGGACACGCUUAUCCGGGAAAAGGAGCGUGGGAAGCGCAUGGAGCGCUGUCUGCAUAGCGUGCGGGAGAUGAAGUAA